AUGAGUGACACUGAAAACGACAGUGAAAUUUCCUUCUCUGUUAAAUUCCUCGGCCGUCUUGAGGUGGUGCGUCCGGUUGGGAUGGGGAUUCUGAUAGAGGCUGCAGAAGCUCUCCAGGUCCUCACUGCUGAAAAAACAAAAAAGAAUAAAGUUAAUCUGUUUCUGUCCAGAAGCUCCAUCGACAUCCUGGAACAUAAGACUAAAUUCAUGCUGCACUCCUGCACUCUCUCGUCUGUGUCUUUCUGUGCUGUUCAUCAGUUUCAGUCCAAAAUGUUUGGCUUCAUGGCGAAACACCCGGCUCUCGACUCACACCACUGCUACGUCUUCCAGAGCACGAAGUUUUCUCACCUGCUGGUGUCGGCGAUUGGAGAGGCGUUCCAGGCCAGCAGACGCUCGGAUAGUGUUAGGGGAAGUCGUGAUCUGGUGGUGGAGGCCCUCAGACACAAGAAUAAAGUCCUGCAAAGGGAGAACACAGAACUAAAAAAGAAACUGCAGGAGAAUGGAGAAAUGAACAGCUCUGAAGAGGAAACUGAUCACUCUGAUACAGAGCGACACACAUCACAUGUGAGAUUCAACUCAGGCAGUGACACAACUGCUUUGCUGAGGAACUUCUAA